AUGGAUUCUGGAGACCUGAUAAGCUGUGAGAUCUGCCUAGAAGCCUUCGAUUCAGAAUGCCGACCUCCGAAGAUCAUUCCAUGCGGCCACAAUUUCUGUGAAAACUGUCUCUUCUCGUUGUGUUUGCAUAGUGAGGUAGGUGAUGUAACAAAUAGUAUAAUCUGUUCAGUAUUAUCUCCUCGACACCAUCAAGUGUCCCAAGUGUCGCAAAUUGUGUGAUUCCAAGCUGGCCAUGAAUGCCCCGACCAAUUAUGACCUUUGCAGUAAGUAAACAGAAUAAUCCGUAUGUUACACGUACCUAUAUCAACAUGUGUUUAAUGAUUAUUGUAAAACAAAAAAAAACAAUUCUGUAAUCUAUGUUUGUGCAUAAUAAAUGACAUUAUUAAGUGAACUAUACUAACUCACAACUGCUAAUUUCAGAAAUGUUGGAAAACUUCAAGUACAGUCAAAAUGUUACAGUAAUACACGUUCCAGACAGCUCAGGCGGGAAUGCGGUAAAGAAUAAAAAGCCAAAGAUCAGACGAUGUAACAACUCCAAGGUAAAGUUAUCAGAAGCCUGUUUCGACUGUAGAAGGAACAUAAACAUGUACGAGCGAUGUGUCAUCUGCAGAUUCUGUAGGGAUUGCCACCAGACAGCUAAGACAUUGGUAAGCACGUUAUUAGAAUAUCAACAAAAACAUAACCGAAGAAUAUAAACAAUAAUCAAACUUUGUUACACAAGUACAUAACAUUAAAUAUUCAGAGAUUGGUAUGCUUGGAAUGCUGUGUUAACAACCACAACGGCCACAAUCUUGUGACCAUCGAACAACUUGUAAGUAAUCAUCAAGCCACAGUAAGACAAGGCCAGCUACUUCGACGACAUCUAGAAUGUCUAAACAAAGACUUUAAACAACGUUCAGCUAUGACUACAGAAGUAAAGGCACAGAUUCCACAGGUCGAGAUACUACGAGAGGUAAGAGUGAGAUAGUCAAUACUAAAUUGUUAAAAAAAAUCUCGCUAAAGGCAUUAAAAUAAGACAACCAUUAAUGAAAAUGACAUAUUAACAUUUACAGAGUAUGAAGACUCAAGUGAACACCAUGAUAAAGAAGAACUUGACCAGAUUAGAGAGCGAAUAUCCCUUAUCACCAGCAGAACUCACAGCCAUCCAACAAUCACAACUAGAUUCCAUCAUCAAGCUACAGAAAAUGGCCAAUAUCUUUGAUGUAAGUCUUUGAAUACCUAAAACAAUAUAACACUCAGGUAUUGUGCGCCUUAUUCUAAUAAAUACAACUGUUAUAAAUAUACUAUAAGUGUAAAACAACUGUUGUGUUUGAUCAUAAUUUAUAAGUUUAGAAGCUAAAUGUCUCUCUCGAACCAGAAUCCAUAAAAUUGAACUUCGAACAGAAGCUGGUCCUUUCGUCUAUGGACCUCAUGAUAGAGCUUCUGAAAACGGAAGACCUCAACGACCUUCGACAACAUAUGAUUCUUCUACAUUCUGAUAACAUUCAGAAAGAAACCAAGCUUGAGAUUCUACAGUAUUGCAUUACAGUAAUAAUCAAGCUACUGAACAGUAACAUGACUUCAGAAGUCUUCAUUUUAGUAGAAGACCUGUUAUUCAAGAGUUUCGUGUUUAUCAACAAGCUAUUCCCGCGGGGCAUGGUCGACGACAAAAACAGGAUUGAAACUUGGAAUCUGGCCAAAAGUGGGUUCGGCCAGAUAAUGCAGCUUUCGAAUUUGGUAGGUUUUACAAAGAAUACCUUACCCUUCAGUUAAAAAUCAAGUUAGAGAGUCUUCCAUGCUCUACGACCUUUUACAGCACCAUAAUACCCAAAAUCAUCUAAUAUAAAUCUCAAAAAAAACGUACCUACCCAUUUUAUCGGUCAAUUUCAGAGGUGGACCAGUUAUGAAGAAUGGAGGGUAGACUUUGUAUCAGAUCUGUCAUUCCUCUGCCAGUUGUACGCUGAUGCAUGCGAUUGGGGCACUAUAACAUUGUGUACCAUCGAGACGGUCAGGUCAAGAAGUGUUCUAAACUCAUGUAAAUCAGACAGAGCUCUUAUCAACAAAGUCAAAGUAAGUCAAUCAUUAAACUUUAAACGAACAUACAACUGAUCAUUACCACUAUAUUGAACUUUAAAAUCGAAGCUUUAAAACUUAUAAAAACUAUAAUAACUGAAAAAAACGUACAUAAACUAGACCUUGUACUAAUGUUGUCCUUUCAGUUCGCCGAGGAAUGCUUGUUGGAGUGCCGGAGGAUACAGAAGUUGUUGAAUAUCUGUGUCAAAAGUAAGAGAUUCGCCAACGGAGACAAAUGCCGCGGCCUAAGACAAUGGCUUAGCUGUCUUGGUCCAAAAGUAUCGUAA